AUGGAGAGUGUUCAAGGUCUUUUGCUAGCUAUGAUCAUUGUGGCUUUUGGCACUACUACGCAUCUAAUUCAAGCUCAGCCUAAUCCAAACGAGUUCAUCAGCUUGGAUUGUGGAUUACAUCCCGCCGCUUCUCCUUAUACCGAACCAUUAACCAAACUAACAUAUACAUCUGAUGCCAACUUCACUCAAGGUGGUCAAAGUGGUAGAGUCCAAAAGAUUUAUGAACAAGACUAUAAGCCAUUCACAGUUCUAAGAUAUUUUCCAGAUGGAAUACGAAAUUGCUAUAAUCUAAAAGUCACUUCAGGCACAAAGUAUCUUAUCAAAGCUCUCUUCCUCUACGGGAAUUAUGACGGGCUCCAAAAUGGCCCGAAAUUCGAUAUGUAUCUUGGUCCUAACAUAUGGACAACAGUCGAUUUAACAAGCAGCAUUUUUGGUUCUGACAAAGAGGAGAUCAUACACAUACCAACGUCAAGCUCGUUGCAGAUUUGUCUUGUUAAAACAGGGAAGACUACACCAUUCAUUUCAGCCUUGGAACUAAGACCCUUGAGAGAUGACACUUACAACACUACAAGUGGCUCCUUGAAGCUCAUAAAACGAGAAUUCGCUAGCAAUGAUUUUAUCCCUCCCUUUAUUCGGUAUCCUGCAGAUGUAUAUGAUCGUCAAUGGGAUCCAAUAAGUCCUUCGUUUGAGUUCAAUUUUGUAAACACAAGUCUCAUUAUAAACGCUUCUACUCCUUAUGAGCUACCACAAGAAGUCAUUUCAAAGGCAGUCGUUAACCAAAACGUGACUGAGAAGUUAUCUUUCGACUGGUAUGUUGAUGACCGUAAUGAUCAUGCAUUCAUAUACCUUCAUUUCGCUGAGAUACAAACACUUCGAGGAAACGACACAAGAGAAUUUGACAUUACAUGGGAAGGAGACAACCAAAACUUUACGGUGUCAGCUUAUCGCCCUCCUAAGUUACAACUAGAGACUCUAUACAACCCAUAUCCGAUGAAAUGUAAGUUUCUUGACUGUACGGUGGAUUUGGUUAUGACUAAGAGCUCAACUCUCCCACCAAUGAUCAAUGCCAUGGAAGCUUACAAGAUUAUUGAGUUUCCAGAUGCCGGAACAAAUCCAGAGGAUGUUGCUGCGGUACAGAAUGUUCGAGAUACUUAUGAAUUGAGUAGAAUCGACUGGCAAGGAGAUCCGUGCGCUCCUCAGAUGUUCAGAUGGGAGGGCAUAAACUGCAGCUACACAAAUACUACUAUUCCACCAAGAAUCAUUUCAUUAGACUUAUCAUCAAGUGGACUAGAAGGGGUGAUAGCAUCUAGCAUACAGAAUCUAACCCUUCUACAAGAACUGGACUUGUCGAAUAACAAUCUGAGUGGGGAAGUGCCUGAGUUUCUAGCUAACAUGGAAUCGUUGUUGCUCAUAGACUUAGGGUGGAACAGUUUAACCGGUCCAAUUCCUCAAGCCCUUCGUGAUAGAGAAAAGAAAGGACUGAAAUUGACUGUUCAAGGAAACCCAAAUCUUUGUCUCUCAGCCUCAUGCAACAAUAACAACAAGAAAGUCUCAAUACCAGUCAUUGCAUCGGUUGCUUCAGUCGCGGCUCUUGUCGCCUUGUUGACUCUCUUUUUUGUUUUCAGAAAGAAAACCCCCUUAGCAGAAGGUACAGCCGCAGCUACUACACGCGAGUUACCAAGAAAGUCCUCAAUAUAUUCCAAAAAGAAAAGGUUCACUUAUUCAGAGGUAGAAGAACUUACGGACAACUUCAAAAGAGUUCUUGGAGAAGGAGGAUUUGGAGUUGUCUACCAUGGUUCUUUGAGUGAUACCGAACCAGUAGCUGUUAAAGUUCUCUCCGAGUCAUCAGUUCAAGGCUACAAGGAAUUUAAGGCAGAGGUGGAACUUCUUCUAAGAGUUCAUCACAUAAACUUGGUAAGCCUUGUUGGUUACUGUGAUGAAGGAGGCCAUUUAGCACUUAUCUAUGAGUACAUGGCUAAUGGAGACCUUAAACAACAUUUAUCAGCAUUUUCAUUUACAGGAGAAUCUGCUGGAUCUACUUUGAAAUGGGCUAGUAGACUAAAAAUUGCUGUCGAGGCGGCACAAGGUUUAGAGUAUUUGCAUGUUGGAUGUGAGCCGCCAAUGGUUCAUAGAGAUGUCAAAAGUACAAAUAUACUAUUGGACGAUCGUUUUGAGGCCAAACUUGCGGAUUUUGGACUUUCGAGAUCGUUUUGUGUCGGAGCUGAAACUCAAGUAGCAACAGUAGUUGCUGGAACACCUGGAUAUCUUGAUCCUGAAUAUUACCAAACAAAUUGGUUACACGAGAAGAGUGAUGUCUACAGUUUCGGUAUUGUACUAAUGGAAAUCAUCACAAACCGAUCUGUGAUUGAGCUAACACGAGAAAAAGCCCAUAUAGCAGAAUGGGUAAAAAUUUUAAUAAGCGGAGGAGAUCUUGAAAAAAUCGUUGACUCAAACCUUGGUGGAGAUUAUGACUCCAACACAGUUUGGAAGAUUCUUGAAUUAGCAAUGUCAUGCGUGAGUCAUUCUUCAUCCGAUAGACCAACCAUGCCCAAGGUUGUUAACGUGCUUAAAGAGUGUUUGAUCUCUGAGAAUUCGAGGAUAAGAGGACAGGUUCAAGAUGAUGACUCAAAGAACUCCUUAGAAUUGACUGUUGCUUUUGGAACGCAAGUGACCCCUGAUGCACGCUAG